GGAUACUUACCGUACGACCUCCAGUGGCGCUCUACUCGAUCUGCAAAGAGGAGGGAUUCAAUUCCAAGCAUGCAGUGACGCAAAGCAUGGCAAGAGACAAUAUGAUGUUUACAUACGGUACAUGGAUCCUAGUUAGCUAGCUGACAGUACCAUACUGAGCGAUCAGGGCAUGAAUGCUCGGAUCAAUGCUCUGAGGGACAAAAAGUUGUUUGUGACCCAGAAUGUGUGUAUACAUGGGAGUCCAUGCACAUGAGGAGGAAUGACAGGAUCAUUGUCGUCGACAAGAGCAAAGAGGAACCUGAAUGAUUCAAUCAAGCAAAUCGAAUCAAGAAAGCAAUCAUGCCAACUGAGUGUGUCGUUGCAAGAAACAAACAAGCAGCGUAUUCUGUUUCGUGAGCAAAGGUUUAUUGGCUGGCAGCACAGAUAACAGUCUAGCGUCAUGAUUGUCGUUGUGUUGCAUUGAAUGCAGUGAGGGGGUUUAAGCAACAGUACGGGUAAGGGAAGGUUGCUGGAAGUAUGCAUAGGUAUGAUCUCUCAUAGUCUAGUACCGAAUAGGAAAGAACCAUACUCGGUAGGCGGGUAGUAUAUGUAGGCGCUGGCUGGGGUCUCUCUUUUGCAUGCAGCAACAAUGCAAUUUUGUCAUCCGUGGUAGCAUCACAGCGGAGUGUGAGUCCAGAGGGGCUAAUACUCCAGUCGAGUCGAGUCUCAGUCGAAGAGUACGAUGUUAUUGGUAACUUUUCUUGUUAGCGCCUACUCUACAUGAUCAAGCAAACUUACUCGGUCCUGUGGCUUCGUUUCACACAUCGCUUAUACCGGAACGCCCAAACAUUGGGGAGUAUUAAUUGGGCCACUUCAAGCAAGAACAAUUCCCGUUUUGGGUAUUUCAGGGCGACAAGGUAAACCAUCGAGAGGAACGAUAAACUGGAAGCCUCUACACUUCCCAGCAGGACCCUGAGCUUGCUACGCUUUCCUGCCGAGGUCACUCCCGUGGGGUGUUUACGUACCCUAUUUUGACACAGGCACGCAACCAGAAUCAGCAAUCUUGGUCUUAGCCAUACACGCACCGAGUAGAGGUUGGUGGUCUUAUUAGAUGUACAGGACCAACCAAAAGUUAAAACAAAAACAAAAACAAUGAUCAAGCCAAGUAUCUUCCUUGUUGGAGCCUCUCUAUCUCAGCUCUUUUUCAUUCUCAUUUCCCAGACCAGUGGAUACAUCGUUGACAGCGAUGUUAACAUCAAGGUCAGGCCCUUCCAUCGGAGUCCAAUCAAGCAAGCAACUGCAGCAACUGCAUUGCAGUUGCCAUCACAACAAAAAUCCAAGUCUGUUGCCCUGGAUCCAUCACAGUACAAUGCAGCACGAAUCAAACGAGGUCAACAGUUCUUUCAAGACAAUAUGGUUGCCAUUGCCAAUUCAUGGGGCAUCAUCAUUGUUGCAGGCUUUGCCGACACCGAAAUGGCUAGUGCCCUUCUUUCUACCAAGGCAACAGAUACUGCAGAGAAGGCCCAAAAGCGGUACAUACGGACUUUCCAAGACUUGUUGUACUGGCACACUCAAGACCUAUUUGACCCCAGAUCUCCAGCUGUGAGACAACUCGGGGCUGUCAAAUCAAUGCACAAUCGUGCAGCUGCUUCGAUUGUUGCCAAGGCCAACAACAAAUCAUCCAAGUGUCCCUUUUCAUCAGCAGCCCGCAACCUUGUCAAAUUGACUUGUCAUCACACUACUAGCACAAAAGGACCAUCAAACCAAGCAGAGUUCAUUCAGUCAGUCAUGGCCAGAACACAAGCUUCGUUUGUCGCCAUGGUGGUCACAAAUCCAAAGAGUUUUGGAAUUUAUGACCAGCGUGGACUGGAAGACUUUGUUUAUUUGUGGUGGGCUCUUGGAAAGGAGCUGGGAAUAGAGGACGAGUACAAUAUGUGCUCCAGCCUUGCCAUUGCCAAGAAGUUUGUGGCUGACGAGUACACAACGAACACAGCUCCUGCAUUGGCAGCAUUGGCUCAGAAUCCCACUAAAAGUUUUGAAACCUUGGCAAAUGCAUAUUGUGAUGGGAUCAACUUGACCCCAGAAAAGGUCAAGGCUUUCACGGGACACAGUCCAAAACAAGCCCUUUGGACGGUUGCACGCUUGAACCCCGGAGGACUUGAAAAGAAGUUUUCACUGACACCCUGGGAACAUGCAAAGUCGAUCAUGAAGCUGGAUUCAUUUCGUAAAGUGGGGCGCGUGCCAGCUUGUGCUAGACGACGACUGAACAAGCUUGGCAUUGCAUCCUUUUUGAAACAUGUGGCCCAAAAGUAGAAGUGAUACUCAAGUCUUUGGCUGAGACACAGGGCUGAUUGGUCUAUUGGGACCAUAUACGUUAUAGAGAUUUUGUGGUGUUUAGCUCAAAAAUAUAUUAGAAGGGAGCAGUAAACACCAAAUAGAAAAAGUUGUUUGAC